CCAUUUGCCUGUUGGCGCUCCCUCCAGUUUUCCGCGCCCACCAUUUUCUCUCUUAAAACAUCCAAAUGCCGUCUCAAUUUGCAUUCUCCCUUGUUCUAUAAAUCUUCAUUCUCUUCAACACAGAUCCAUGAAACCCCAUUUAUUUCUGCAAUCUCCAUUACCCCUCAGAAAGACGAAAUCCCAAAAAUACGAUUCAGAAUGAAUUGCAUCAGAAUUUCUGCUUCCCCAAAUGUUUCAGCCAUAGGAAGCGCAGGUUCUAUGGAUUUAGCGACUAACAGGCGAAGAAGAAGCCCUGCGAAUAUCAGAUUGAAGCCCUCUUUCAAUGCAAUUAGGGCAGCACAGGUUUCCGGGGCCGAGUAUCAAUCGGCUCCUGCAAUCGAAACCGGCGGUCACAUGAAAAAUUCAGGGACUCUGUACGAAGUGCUAGGGCUAAGCCGCGGGGCUACAGCGCAGGACAUAAAGAGGGCUUACAGGAAAAUGGCGCGGCAAUUUCACCCGGACACAGCGGCUUACUCUCAAGGCAAGAACAUCUCCACGGAAAUGUUUGUGCAGAUCCACAAUGCCUACGCCGUUCUUUCCAAGGCAGAGGAUCGCGCCCAAUAUGACCGUCAGCUAGAGAUGCAGCAGAGGCGAACAUGGAACCGGGGGGCUUAUCGGGAGCCCCGUGGUCACGUGGUGCGGAACUGGGAAACUGAUCAAUGUUGGUGAACCUGCAAAAAUGGAAUGGUACCUGAUACGCUCCCACUGAGGAAAAAUAUUUGUACGGCUGUUCAUAAAUUUGUGCCGUAAAAUAUGUAAAUUAAUUUUGUAAAGAGGAUCUGUCAUCCUUCAAAUUUUGCUGUGAGUUUGAUGAUCGCAUUCAAUUUGAUUUCUCUACUGGUAAGAGUAAUGCCUGUGUCAAUUUUUGUUGAAAGGAGUAAUGCUUCUGUCAAAUAUUUAUGUAACGAGUCAUGUUUGGCUUCUCAGAGUAAAAAUGUGGGUUAAAUUAUGGAAACCUUAAGGCAUAGCAUCUUGUUAA